AUGGGUACAAGACGGACUUGCUCUGUGCUUUCCAUACUUGCGUUCCUCUGUUAUGGACAGCUCUUGCCAUGGCUCAGUACCAUGGCUGAUCCAAGCUUAGGCGAAUUCUACAAUGAGACGGAGGCCAGGCUGUUUCUACAGCUUUACGACCAAACAGCGGAGGUUGUGUUGAACCAGUUCAUGGAAGCCGCUUGGAAUUAUGUCACCAAUGUCACCAAGACAAACCGGGAGGAGAUGCUGCACAAGGAAGUGGAGAAGUCCAAGUUCCUGACCUACUUCGGCACGCGAGCCCGCCUGUUCAAGGUCUCCCAGUUUCAGGACCCGGCCGUGAAGCGCAUGCUAAGAAAGCUGCAGGACAUAGAUAAGGCGGCCCUGCCGGAAGACCAGCUCCAGGAGUACAACAAGCUGCUGGCCUACAUGAAGACGACGUACAGUGUGGGCCAGGUGUGCCUGAGUGAGGGACCCUGCCUGACUCUGGAACCUGACCUCCAAGAAAUCAUGGCCAACUCGAGGGACGAAAAGGAGCUGCUGUGGGCCUGGCAGGGCUGGCGGGAUGCCGUGGGCCGCCAGCUGCGCCCCAUCUUCCCUCGUUAUAUGCACCUGAGCAACAAGGCUGCACGGCUCAAUGGUUAUAGAGAUACGGGAGCCCUGUGGCGCACCAAGUAUGACUCGGACACCCUGGAGCACGACCUGGAGCAGCUCUACCAGGAGCUGCAGCCGCUCUACCUGAACCUGCACGCCUACGUGCGCCGCUCCCUGCACCGUUUCUAUGGGGCUGAGCUCAUCAACGUGAGGGGUGCCAUCCCUGCCCACCUCCUGGGAAACAUGUGGGCCCAGUCCUGGGUCAACAUCUUGGACCUGGUCCUGCCCUUCCCGAAGAAGCCCCCUGAGGACAUUACAAAGAUCAUGAGAGGCCAGCACUGGAAGCCGGUGAAGAUGUUUCAGGAGGCUGAGAAAUUCUUCACCUCCCUGGGGUUGCUGCCCGUCCCUGAAGACUUCUGGAAAAAGUCCAUGCUGGAACGGCCCAGUGAUGGGCGGGAAGUGGAGUGCCACACCUCGGCCUGGGACUUCUACAAUGGCAAGGACUUCAGGAUAAAGAAGUGCACCGAGGUGACCAUAGAAGACCUGCUCUCCAUCUUCCACCAGAUGGGCCACAUCCAGUACUUCCUGCAAUAUAGCAACCUUUCUAUACCGUUCCGCGCAGGCGCCAACCCCGCCUUUGAAGAGGCUGUGGGGUCAGUGGUCACCCUCUCGGCCUCCUUCUAUACGCACCUGUUCAACAGAGGCCUGCUCAGCCUGCAGCACCAGGACUCAGAAGAGGAAGUCAAUUUCCUGAUGAGUAUUGCCCUGGACAAGAUCGCCUUCAUCCCCUUCAGCUACCUCAUAGAUCUGUACCGCUGGAGGGUCUUUGAUGGCACCAUCUGGGAAACCGUCUACAACCAAGAAUGGUGGAACCUCAGGUUGAAGUACCAGGGCCUGUGCCCUCCUGUUCCUCGUUCAGAGAACGACUUUGAUCCAGGCGCCAAGUUCCACAUCUCUGCCAACAUGCCUUACAUACAGUACUUUGUUGGCACUGUGCUUCAGUUCCAAUUCCACGAAGCGCUCUGCAAGGCCUCAGGCCACGUGGGCCCGCUGCACCAGUGUGACAUCUAUAACUCCAAGACAGCUGGGAAACUCCUGGGGGAUACGUUGAAGCUGGGCUCAAGCAGGCCCUGGCCAGAGGUCCUCAAGAAACUGACAGGGGAGUCCAACUUGUCCACCAAAGCCCUCAUGACCUACUUCAAGCCCCUGCUGAACUGGCUGGUGACGGAGAAUGUGCGGCACGGGGAAGUCCUGGGCUGGCCAGACUUCAGCUGUUCCUACGCAGAGAGAAAAAUCAACAGAGCGCCCUUUCUGGGCCUGGAGCUGGAGGCCAACAAGGUUGAAUUUUGGCAAUGGAGCCUGCUGUCCUUGAGUUUCAUCAUGACCUUCGUGACCCUGGGGCUGGCCUGCAGGCUGUACUCCCUGGAGAAGCAGUCACUGGUCCAGAACUCCACUAUCCUCAGCUCGCUGACCAAUACUUACUUCCUGGGUAAGGCCGUGGAGCCCCGCCAGGCUGCCCGAAGACAGUGGGUCCUGCUGGCCAUAUGCCUCACACUCAUGCUGUUCUCCAUCGGCCUCGCCGUUUGGAUCUUCACGCAGCACCACCAGACACCUCUGUGGGUGGCAGUUAGAUGGUGGAGUGAGGACUAG